AGCUACGAUGUGAUGGCCCGUUUUUACUAGGUGCUGUGCCAUAUGAUCAGGAGGCCGAAGUCAUCGAUUUGAUUCUGCGCCUGAACAUGCGGGAGAUUCAAUUCGGGCGCUUUGGCAAUGCUGUAGAGACUAUGAGGAGGUGCGCGCUGUCUUUACUAGUGGG